CCCCUCGGGCUGUGUAAGAAAGUGACGUCAUUGUAAAUACAUCUGCGUCUCCGCGUCUUGUACAACAGCAGGCGCCUUUCGGCCUACUUUCAAAAAAACAUAAAAUACAAUGGAAGGAAGGAAUUACGGCUCAGGUUUUUCCAAUUGGGGUGCUGGAGGGUCUGGCAACAGAGGUUCAGGGAACUUUGAUUUAUUUGGUGGGAAUUAUAAGAAUUCCAUGUCUGGGUUCGGGGGCUACGGAGGCGGCAACUCCAAGAGAGGCCCCUCUGGGUCAUCCAUGCUCCAGCAAAAUGCGGAUGAAGUCAUUGCCAAGAUUAAUCAACGCUUGGACAUGCUCACUCAGUUGGAAGGGGGGAUGAAGAGCCGAGGUGACAGGUUUGGCCAGUUCGAUUCUUUCGACUCGCUCUCCUCAUCCUCCUCCCGAGAUCUCUACAGAUCCGGUGGCAGUAGCUAUGGCUGUGAUGAUGGCCGUGGUGACAACAUGCUGUUGGGCCAGCGAGGAGGCUCGGGCUUCGGGGGGGGCGUGGGGCAAGGAGGGGGAUGCGGCUUCAACAGCCUCUCCUCUUCCUUUGGAGUCGCUAAAAUGCGACAGAAUAUGAGGGAGUCCUUCACCGGUGGCUCAGGCGGGGGAGGAUGGGCCGGAGCAGGCCGUCGUUCUCCCAGAAGGGGCGGAGGUGCUAGGGGUCGAGGAUCUGGCGGAGGGUUUGGGAGCUACAGGUCAGACCCCAUGUCAUUUGGUGGAGGUGGCCGGGGAAGCGGUCACUCCCCAGGGGGCGGUCGAGGCAAGCUCCCAUCCCUGCUGUCCAACCACAUGUACUCAGAGAGGGGAGGUUUCCACCAAGGUCCCUCCCAAGGGCCCCACGACUUUCCCGGGAGGCAUUUUGGCGGGGGCCCACGGGCCGGCCGCCAGCGAGGCCGCAAGAGACCCCUCAACAAACAGGUAAGACCACCAAAUGAAGUCCAGAAGAAGAGAAAGCAAAUGGUCAUUCCUGAAGAUGAGCCGGAACCUAAACUGAUUAAGAGCGAAAGCGCAGAUUUGGCCGCUUCUCGGGAAGACAAAAAUGGCGACAACAGCGGCGUGGCAACAACUGCAGCUGCGGAGAUUACCGAAGGAAGUUCAGGUUCGACGAAACAAGACGAAGGCAGCGAGAAGGCGGUGGCACGGGGCAAACCGCCUCCCCCCCGGCCCCCGACCAAGUCUGCAAAAGCUAAAAAGAAGAGGAGCUUCCAGGAUAGGGUGAUGUUUGCCUGCUCAGUGUGCAAAUUCAAAUCAUUCUACAAGGAUGAUAUGGAACGUCAUCUGGAGAGUCGCUUCCACAAGGACCACUUCAAGUUCCUCUCCAGCCAACUGUCCAAGCCGACCACCGACUUCCUACAGGAGUACUUGCUGAACAAGUUCCAGAAAAUGGACCAAAUCGUCAGCAAGAUAGAACACCACAGUGAUGCCAUCUGCCAGGCGUACAGAGAUCAGGACCUCACCAAAGAUCUUGGCAUGGAGCACUUCAUGAAGAAAGUUGAAGCGGCGCACUGCAGCGCAUGUGACAUCUUCAUUCCCAUGGAGCUUCACCUGAUUCAAAAACACAUCAAAACCCCUGACCAUAACUACAAUCGCAAGGGAAUGAUGGAGCAGUCUAAGAAAUCCAGCCUGUCAGUUGCACGCAGCAUCCUGAACCACAAAGUGAUUGGAAAGAAACUGGAGAGCUACCUCAAGGGAGAAAAUCCAUUUACGGGUAACCCCGAAGGCCAGGACGCAUCCGAGUCCAGGGCGAUGGACGACGCUACAGAGGAGCAGAAGUGUGUCGCUGCCGAGGAAGAUCCCGAGACCCGGCAGGAAACCGAAGUGGAAGAAGCCAAGGAAAUAAAGAUGGUUGAGGCGGAGGAGGUGAAGGAGGAGGAGGGUACUAUCUUGGAGGUGCAGGAGGACCAGGAGCACCAGGAUGACGACGGGGCAGAAGGGGAAGAGGGCUUUGAAAUCGGAGAGGAUGAAGAUGACGAAGAGGGAUACGUGGUUCACGAUGAAUUUGAGGAGGAUGAGGAGGAUGAGGAGGGAGCAGAGGUGGCUGCUGCUGUUGUUGAAGACGACGAGCACAAAGAGUGAACUUUUCUCCUUGGCGAAUGGAAUAUACUAAUAAGAGAACAAACUCGUAUGUAACCUUUACAUUUUUUUUUUUCCAUUUUAUUCCACUCAAAAUGUCCGUGUUCAUACUUUGUGGCAAUAUCUGAAAUGCAUUUGAAACAUGGCAGGUUUAUAGCAAUCUGAAAAAAAGAACUUGUUUUUAACCUAAAGUGUUUUGGUGCCUUUUUUGUUCAAGUUGGUUAAUUUACAUUAUUUGGUUAGGUGAAAACAAUUUUGUCAGUCUACAAAUAGUGAAACUUUUUUAUUCAACUGUCAGCUGAGGAGUGGAUUGUUUUGGUUGACUUAAAGCAGGUGCGAAAAGAACAAUUGUUUCUUUGCUAUUAUUGUAACUUUGACAAUGUUGUGAAUAAACUCAAAUAAAACAGCA